AUGGCGGUGGCCCUGCUGGAGGACUGGUGCAUGGGGGUGGAUCUGGACCCCAGGAAGGCCGUGCUCAUUGUGGGGAUCCCCCUGGACUGUGGUGAGGUCGAGAUUAAGGAGACCCUGCAGGCAGGCUUGCAGUCUCUGUGCUCAUACAGAGUGCUGGGGAAAAUGUUCCUCAGGGAAGACAACGCCAAAGUGGUCUUUGUGGAAUUGGCCGACCCCGUCGACUACGCCCAGGUGCCCAGCGAGAUCCCAGGGAAGGGGGGCACCUGGGAAGUGGUGGUCAAACCCCGGAGCCCAGACGACAAGUUUUACAAUAGACUGAACUACUUCCUGAAAGAUGAGGGCCGGAGAAUGGUAGAUGUGGCCAAAACCUUCGGGUCCGGCCACCUCACUGCAGGGGCUGCUGUGGAGGGCGCACCACCAGAGGCCGGGGCCCAGGGGGCCCCCGUGGGCUUGCAGCCGCUGAGGGAGAACAUGUGGUACCGCAAGCUGAAAACAUUCUCAGGCACCGCUUUCCCGGCCCCCGAAGAGGAGCCCUUCGAAGUGUGGCUGGAGCAGACGACCGAGAUGAUGCAGCUGUGGCAAGUGUCGGAGACUGAGAAGCGCCGCCGCUUGCUGGAGAGCCUGCGCGGCCCGGCCCUGUCCAUCAUGCGCGUGCUGCGGGCCAACAACGAGGCCAUCACGGUGGAGCAGUGCCUGGACGCCCUGAAGCAGAUCUUCGGGAACCAGGAGGACUGGAGGACCUCUCAGUUCAGGUUUCUGCAGUCCUUCCCGAAGGCUGGAGAGAAAGUCUCGGCUUUUCUGCUCUGACUGGAGCCCCUGCUCCAGAAGGCCGUGCAGCACAGCCCCAUGUCGCUGCGAAGCACAGACAUGGUGCGCCUGAAACACGUCCUGGCCCAGGCCACCAUGUCCGCGGCCCUCCAGGGCAAGCUGGAGCUUCUGGAUCAGCGUGAGUGUCCUCCCACCUUCCUGGAGUUCAUGAAGCUUGUUCGAGAUGAAGAGGAGUGGGAGACCACCACGGCGGUGAUGAAGGAGAAGCAGAAGACCACGGGAAAGGGCCGCAAGGGGUCGGGCCGCCACAUGGUGGAAAGCAGCAGCCUCCUGCUGCAGAGCACCACGCAGGCAGGGUCAUUCGGCGAGAGCAGCACCCAGGCCGUCCAGCUGGGGAUUCCACUGGCCCCGAAGCGCAGGCGACGCUCGUGCUGCUGCAGCAGCGGGGACGAAGGCCAAGACCAGGCAGCGUGCCCCAGGGCCAAACGCCAGCCUCCGCAGACGCACAGGCAGCACAGUGCAGCUGAGGGGUCGGGAAACGGGGUGGGGGCUGGGGCAAUGAGCCACCCCAAGCCCUAG